AUGGUGUCCUUACGUUGGGGCGGGUUGGCUGCUCGCGCGGUCCACUUGAUCUCCGUGCGGCCAGGCAUAGUGAUCUCAGGUCAAGACUCAAUAUUGGCUGUUCAGGCACUUCAAGGGUGGUACGAUGCGCCGUCUGGGCUCUGGGCCACGACGGGCUGGUGGAACAGCGCAAACUGCCUCACUGUCCUGACAGACUGGGCAGUGGCUGCCGGAUACAACGCUGGACUCGUGGAUGUCCCGGGUAUUAUCGCCAACACGUUCAACAACGCGCAGCGAGUCUCGGGCAGCGCGCACAAACGGAUGUCUAGCACCGGGCUGCCGACAUCGACAUACUCCCUAAACGCCACGGAAGCCGGCGAUACCAGUAACGACAAACGCGGGUUUUCGGGGUUCAUAAACGACUACUACGACGACGAAGGGUGGUGGGCGCUCGCGCUGAUUCGGUCCUGGGACGUGACGCAUCAGCAGGCGUAUCUCGACAUGGCGGAGAGCAUUUUCCGUGACAUGCAGGCUGGGAUAGACGACAAGUGUGGCGGCGGGAUAUGGUGGAGCAAAGAGAAGGCGUACAAGAAUGCCAUCGCCAACGAGCUGUACCUGAGCGUGGCCGCCAGCCUGGCCAACCGAGUACCGGCACAGAAAGCACACUACACCCAGAUCGCGCGCGACCAGUGGAACUGGUUCCGGAAGAGCGGCCUGAUCAACGACAAGAACCUCAUCAACGACGGGCUGAGCAUCCGAGCCGAUGGCCGCUGCGUCAACAACAACGGCCAAACCUGGUCCUACAACCAAGGCGUCAUUCUCGGCGGGCUCGUCGAGUUGGCCCAGGCCACGGGCGACCGGUCGUACCUGAGCCAGGCCAUCCCCAUCGCACUAGCGGCCAUCGACAGGCUGGACGACAACAAGACGGGCAUCAUCCGUGAGGCGGAUAACUGCGAGCCCAAGUGCGGCAGCGACGGCAGCCAGUUCAAGGGUAUAUUUGUGCGCAACCUGCACUACCUCCACAAGGCUGCGCCGCGGGAUGAGUUCAAGAACGCGAUCAAGAAGAAUGCGAAAUCAAUUUGGGACAACGACCGGAAUGGGAAGAACCAGUUGGGGAUCAAAUGGUCGGGCCCCGCAGAUCUGGGUGAUGGGCCUACCGCGUCGACGCACAGCUCAGCAUUAGAUGUGUUGGUGGCGGCGUUAGCGAUAGGCGCAUAG